CUCUGUCUCGCUGCAGCAAGAAUGGCUUCAAACUUGUGGUCAGAGGAUCAGUUUAGCUGUUCAGUGUGUCUGGAGCUAUUGAAGGAUCCAGUCGCUAUUCCAUGUGGACACAGUUACUGUAUGGGGUGUAUUAAGAACUGCUGGGAUCAGACUGAUCAUACAGGUGUCUACAGCUGCCCCGAGUGCAGAGAGACCUUUACCCCAAGGCCUGUUCUGGGCAGAAACACCAUUCUGGCUGAAGUUGUAGAGAAAUUAAAGAAGACAGGACUCAAUCCUCCUCCUGCUCAAAGUUAUGCUGGACCUGGAGAUGUGCUGUGUGAUUUCUGCACUGGGAGAAAGUUCAAAGCUUUGAAAUCCUGUUUGACGUGCCUGGCCUCUUACUGUGAAACACACGUCAAGUCUCACAGUGCAGUUGCUGCUUUCAAGAGGCACAAGCUGAUCAAUGCAAUUGGAAAUCUGGAGCAGAAGCUUUGUGCUGAACACCAACGAGUUUUAGAGGUCUUCUGUAGAACCGAUCAGACGUGUAUUUGCUUGUUGUGUACACAAAAUGAACACAAGAGCCAUGAUACAAUCUCAGCUGAGGCAGAAAGGACUGGGAAACAGAAGCAGCUGGGAGAGACGCAGACAGAAAUACAACAGAGAAUCCAGGAGAGACUGAAAGAAGUGGAGGAGCUAAAACAGACUGUGGAGUCACUGAAAAGAUCUGCAUGCAUAGAAAUAAAGGAAAGUGAGAAGAUCUUUACUGAGCUGAUCCGAUCCAUUAAGAAGAUCCACACUGAGGUUAUUGAGCUGAUUGGAGCUAACGAGAAGGCUGCAGUGAAUCAGGCUGAAGGACGCAUGAAGAAACUGGAGCAGGAGAUUGCUGAGCUAAGGAGGAGAAACGCUGAGCUGAAACAGCUUUCAGAGACAGAGGAUCACAUCCAUUUUCUACAGAAUUUCCAGUCUCUCUGUGCCCCUCCUGAAGCUGGAAACUUACCCAGCGUUACUGUCAAUACAGACACCUCUUUUGGGGCUGUGAGGAAAGCUGUAUCUGAACUUAAAGACCAUAUUGAGGACUUCUGCAAGGGGGAAUUAGUCAAAAUAACCACAACAGUGAAUGAAGUUGCAGUUUACAGUCUGCAGGCUCCAGAGCCAAGGAACAGACCUGAAUUUUUAAAAUUGUCUGGAUGUGAAUCAAGUGCAGAAGAGGAAACAGGAGAGACAGAGGAACAAGAACCAGUGUCUGAAUGUGAAUCAAGUGUAGAAGAGGAAACAGGAGAGACAGAGGAACAAGAACCAGUGUCUGGAUGUGAAUCAAGUGCAGAAGAGGAAACAGGAGAGACAGAGGAACAAGAACCAGUUUCCGAUGACGACGACAAUGAUGAUGACGACAUGGUGAAUGAAGUUGCAGUUUACGGUCUGCAGGCUCCAGAGCCAAGGAACAGAGCUGAGUUUUUAAAAUAUUCCUGUCAGCUCACACUGGACCCCAACACAGUGCAUAGAAACCUCUGUCUGUCUGUAUGGAACAGAAAGGUGACACGGAGGAGAGAGACCCAGAGAUAUCCCGAUCACCCAGAGAGAUUUGAUCGCUGUGCCCAAGUGCUUUGCAGAGAGGGUUUGUCUGGGACCCGCUGUUACUGGGAGAUUGAGUGCAGUGGGGAAUGUGCUGAUAUAGGAGUCACAUAUAAAGGAAUCAGCAGGAAAGGAGGGGAUGAUUCCUGUCGCCUUGGAUCCAAUGACAAGUCCUGGAGUUUGUUCUGUUUUGAUUCCAGUUACACUGCCCUGCACAAUAACAAUCACACUGCAAUAACUGCACUCUGCUCCCCCAGAAUAGGAGUGUAUCUGGACUUUAAUCCCGGCACGCUGUCCUUUUAUGGCAUCUCUGACACAAUGACCCUCCUGCACAGAUUCCAAACCACAUUCACUGAGCCGCUCUAUCCUGGGUUUAGGCUUCAUUGUUUUGAUUCCUCUGUAACAAUCUGCCAGCUGAACUAGACUGCUUUGUGUUGUAAGAAACCCUUUGUAUUGAACUCCCUGUCUGUCCUCUCCACUCCUCGGGUGAAGGGAAUGUUCAAUAUGACACAACUUUGGAUGAAAAUUAGGGGGUAAAACGGCACCACCUGCAGAGCGAAACGAGGUGAAUUAUUUACAUAAGAACAUAAGAAAGUUUACAAACGAGAGGAGGCCAUUCAGCCCAUCUUGCUCGUUUGGUUGUUAGUAGCUUAUUGAUCCCAGAAUCUCAUCAAGCAGCUUCUUGAAGGAUCCCAGGGUGUCAGCUUCAACAACAUUACUGGGGAGUUUGUUCCAGGCCCUCACAAUUCUCUGUGUAAAAAAGUGCCUCCUAUUUUCUGUUCUGAAUGCCCCUUUAUCUAAUCUCCAUUUGUGACCCCUGGUCCUUGUUUCUUUUUUCAGGUGAAAGAAGUCCCCUGGGUUGACAUUGUCUAUACCUUUUAGGAUUUUGAAUGCUUGAAUCAGAUCGCCGCGUAGUCUUCUUUGUUGAAGACUGAAUAGAUUCAAUUCUUUUAGCCUGUCUGCAUACGACAUGCCUUUUAACCCGGGAUAAUUCUGGUUGCUCUUCUUUGCACUCUUUCUAGAGCAGCAAUAUCCUUUUUGUAACGAGGUGACCAGAACUCAACACAAUAUUCUAGGUGUUUUAGCAUUACUUCCCUUGAUUUGUUUUUAGCAACGAAUGGAUUUCACACGAAGUAACUGUAUUUAAUUUCUUUUUUAAGAAUUGUUAUGUUUUAUAUAUAUUUUAAAAAAUGGCAUCCAAUAUUCAGUGCUGUAACAGUUUUUAAAAAAGUGAACUUAAGUUUGCUUUAUUGUGUGUGUGUUUUUGUUUAUCUUUGAUUUCCAUAAAAUGUUUGUUCUGUUUAUUUUUUUCUGAUUUUAGUAAUGGGAUUUAAUAAAAAAAUAGUUUGAUAAACUGUGACAUUUUCUUAUUUAUUAAUAUUCAUUAACAUAGUUUUUCAAAUGAGAAUGAGAAAGAAAGAGGGGAAUGAGAAAGCAUUGUAAAGCACAGAGAGGUCUGGUAAAGCAUAGGGAAGCAUUGUAAAGCACAGAUAGGUCUGGUAAAGCAUAGGGAAGCAUUGUAAAGCACAGAGAGGUCUGGGAAAGCAUAGGGAAGCAUUGUAAAGCACAGAGAGGUGUGGUAAAGCAUAGGGAAGCAUUGUAGAGCACAGAGAGAUGUGGUAAAGCAUAGGGAAGCAUUGUAAAGCACAGAGGGACCUGGUAAAGCAUAGGGAAGCAUUGUAAAGCACAGAGAGGUGUGGUAAAGCAUAGGGAAGCAUUGUAAAGCACAGAGAGGUCUGGUAAAGCAUAGGGAAGCAUUGUAAAGCACAGAGGUCUGGUAAAGCAUAGGGAAGCAUUGUAAAGCACAGAGAGGUCUGGGAAAGCAUAGGGAAGCAUUGUAAAGCACAGAGAGGUCUGGGAAAGCAUAGGGAAGCAUUGUAAAGCACAGAGAGGUAUGGUAAAGCAUAGGGAAGCAUUGUAAAGCACAGAGAGGUCUGGUAAAGCAUAGGGAAGCAUUGUAAAGCACAGAGAGGUCUGGUAAAGCAUAGGGAAGCAUUGUAAAGCACAGAGAGGUCUGGGAAAGCAUAGGGAAGCAUUGUAAAGCACAGAGAGGUAUGGUAAAGCAUAGGGAAGCAUUGUAAAGCACAGAGAGGUCUGGACUCUAACCCUGGGCUUGAGACUCAGCUCAGUGAUUUGGAUUCCUGAACAGCUUCUUAGUAAAGGUAUUAUUCAGCAUGCCGCCGCACCGUGAACUAAUAAGAAAAGACUUUCAGUACCUGGCAGGCUCUUGUGACAUAUCAGACGGGUCAUUCUCUUUACUCCUUCUUCUUCUCCUUGGAGUCGGGUCCAUGCCUCUCUCUACUGAAUCACUCGUUCCUCA